AAUAUUAGUUGUCCGAUUGAUUCAUGUGAAUCAGGGAAACCCCUGGCGAGAAUGAAACAGUAGUUGUCUAGCGCAUGUACUAAGUUUUCAACGGCAAGGGGUCAGUGACUUCUUUUAUCUCAAAUAAAAUGGCUGUAAUUUAAAGCGUUAUACUUAGUGGGAGGAGGGGGCUGCAGGCACGCCGGAGCCAGGGGAGAUGGGGGCUAUAGAUCCCUCGCUUUUUUCUGGUGAAAACUACCACAGAAGUUUGCCUAUUUGUCUAGAGCCCCCCUCCCUCCGCUACUCCAAAAUGUGCUCCGGCGUCCCUGGCAUUGCCCUAAAAUGUAGGGUAAUCUUUAAUUUUGGUAACUAUGAACUUUUAUCCGAAUACAACUUUCAGUACCAGAGCCUAGGAGUCGUAUUGAAUAGCAAAGAGAUGAAUUGAAUAACAAUGUUUGGUUGGAGGAAUUUCAUAAUAAGCACAACCCCCCCCCCCACAUUUGUAUGACGGGAUCCUUGGUUGUAUCAAAUUGUUGGCCUAUUUUGAGCUGGUACUGGUGAAGUUUGUUUGUCGUGUAUGUUGCCGGAAUUAGGAAUAACGAUUCUAUUCUUACUUUUGGAAAUCUGGCUGGCAUCGUUGUCUUCUUCUCAUCCACGCAAAGUAUCUGUGUCAAAAUACUUCUUAUACCUGAGACUUUAUUUCUUGUUGGUCUUUUGAAUUUUACCCUAAAAUUGUUCACUUGUCGGCCUUUAGGUAUAUCAAAGAAAAACAGUUGCUGGUUGGUACUUAUUUAUUCCUUCUUGCAGCCUAAAUACCAGCAUACCAGGUCUACUUUGGUGAACUUUGUGGGUUUUCCAAUCUGUCACAAGUAAAAAGCAAUCUUCUACAUAGCCUUUUUCGCAAUAUGUCACUUAUGAGAAUGAUUUUUGCACUCAAUUAUGAGAAUGAUUUGAGCCGUCCCUAGCUUAAAUGACCUGUCUUCAACUGCCUCCUCCCAUUUAUAUCGUGUUGAAUUUAACGUAAUGAGGUUGAAAGCAGGAGCGCCUGCCAUCAAGGGCCAAAGUAAGGGCAAGGGGGCAUAGCACCAGAAAGAAGGAGGGAGCAAGGAGCAAAAUUAAGGGAGUUGCUAAAUUUCGCAAGGACAUGGGAUGAAAUAGUGAUGGGUUGAUAAUUUGUCUUCACCCUAUCAAUAUGACGUCACAAUUAUACCAGCAUUAUAUAAAGCCGAAAAUUUGUUUGCAAUAGUUAGUUUAGUGUUCAAAUUGCAAAGUGAGUGUGAAAUCGCUAAGCAUUUUUGGUUUCUUUACAUUUGACAUCAAAAGUUCAAGCAUGCAGUUGGGAAAACUUUCAAUAUUGCUAGCAGCGGCAUGCGGGUCCGCAGUGACGUAUGCACUGCAAUGGGCCUAUGGUAGGUAUCAAAAUAGUAAUGGUAAACAUGAUAAGAUAUGCCAUUCUUGUUUGGGCGUGUCAACUUCAAUAAGCGCCAGGCAAGAGAAUAAAGAGACGUAUACAAACACUGACAAUGAAGGAAAUGCAAUGUGCAAGAUCAGAUCAACGAAUAACCAAGAGACAGUGGCAGUUGCUGUGAAUUCCGUUGUACAGAAAAGAAAUGGAGAUACGAAUGAAACCAUGAAUGCAGGACAAGGGCAGACUGCAGAGAAAUUCACAAUGUCAAAAAAUACAAGCCAAGAUAAAGGAAUAUUCGGUGAUUUAGAUGGGCUCAUUAAAGAAAAUAUCGAAACAAGCCCACAGGUCGUCACUAAGAAAGAUACCAGGACCUUGGGGACUGAUUCAAGGACAAAAGACGUGGACCACUUAAAUCAGGACGACUCUAGUUCAAAUGGAAGGACGGUAACUAAAAUAGCGAAGAGAACCGAGACGGUUGAGAUGGGGGUAAGUGCAAAGCCAGAAACAGCUAACAAGAAGCUAGCAACUGAGGAGAGUGGAUAUUGCCAAGGGGACGAAGAUAUUACGAUGGUUGAUCGGCGUUUAAUACAAAUGUUGAUGCAAUGCCUGACUGAGAUGGAGGAAAAACUCAGAAUUUACGAAGGAACGACCUCAAGACCAACACUGCUUCAACAGUUGUUCCAGCAUCCGCAACAACAACUGUAGCAGGAAAACUGUCUGCGCCUUUGAACGCAAAAUGUGAAACUAUUGGCGGAUACCAGCCCAACAGGCAACAGUAUAAAGUUUAAUUUGUUGUUGGGCAUCGAAUUUUGAAAUUGUAGAUUGUAGCAUUUGCUUUCAGCAUUGAUUAUCUUGAAACAAAAUCCCUUUUCGUUUAUAGUGUUUCGUUUAGCUAUAAAACAUGGUGUGUCUUAUUUGAUUAAAACACAAUAACAUGUAGACAGUUUAAUAGAUAAAAAAUAUUUCAUGUUGAUAAAACAUUAAACAAAAACAUCUCCCAGAUGAUGAAAAGCAUUUUCUCAUGAAGCCGGCACAGAAAAGUUACAACUGAGGAAGAACAAAUUAUGUUUGUAAUACGUGAUAACGAUGCUAAACACAAAUUUAUUUAAAAGAAGAAAACAUCAAUUAUGCGUUUAAUAUACAGAUUAUUAGACGUAACACAUCCAAGAAUUUGAUAAAAAAGAUAGAGUCAAGAUGGCUUGCAAGAGAAGUUACAAGAUGGCUUGCAAAGAGGGGGCAAUCGUUGUAUUUCCUAGAGAUUA